AUGGCUCCCGCUGCGCGUCGCGAGCUCCUACACAAGGACCAUUUUGCAUUCGUUUUUGGAGGUGUCAAGACCCAGAGCUAUUCGGACCCAGCGGCCAAGGGCCCUGGCUCCCAUACUAUCCGCACGCUCGGCUGGAACCCCACCGGCCAACUAAUUGCUACAGGGUCUGCAGAUAAAACAUUGCGAAUUUGGAACCCGGAACGCCCCAAUUUCCGAUACUCUACCGAUUUGCGCGGCCACACCGGUGGCAUCGAAAAGGUCCUCUUCAACCCAGUCCGCGAUGCGGAACUGGCCAGUUGCUCAUCUGAUGGCACAGUGCGCUUUUGGGAUGUGCGCUCCAAGACAUGCGUGAGCCGUCUAGAUGUUGGUGGCGAGGCUUUCACCAUGUCCUGGUCUGCCGACGGCAGCACAAUGAUCGUUGGCAAAAAGGACGACACUCUGAUUCCUAUCUCCGUUAAAUUCCCCUCCUCUCCGACUCCUCACACAGAUGGCGUCAGCGCCUUGAACCUUCCCUCCUCUACACCUGGCGCAACCACAUACACAGCUCUAGACCCUUACCCCCAAACCGUUCAAACCAACGCCACAACUUUCUCUUGGUGCAUGCCAACUUCCGAACAACCCGAUCAACAUGUCUUCGUGACGACUGGCGAAGGCAAGGUUAAAGUCAUGUCCUACCCUUCUUUCGACAUCAAGUACACUCUCAACGCACACACCUCAGCCUGCCUGGCCAUUGCCCUCGCCCCAACGGGCCGAUACCUUGCAGUAGGAGGCAGCGACGCCCUAAUUUCUCUCUGGGACACAACAGACUGGAUCUGUCGCCGCACGCUGUCCAGCGAGAAUGGCGGCGCUAUCCGCGGCGUCAGCUGGAGUUUCGAUGGCCGCUUUGUCGUCGGUGCGUGCGACGAGCUCGGCUGUGGUGGUAAUGGCCUUGAGAUCUUCCACGCGGAAUCUGGCGAUAGCAUCUACACGAUACCUACCGCUGGAAUUAACGCUGGUGUCUCCGCUGUUGCUUGGCACCCGUCUCGCUAUUGGCUGGCUUACUCGACUACUACAGAUGGACCUGGUAGCUCUCAUUCGGGAGGCUUGAAGAUUGUCGGUGCUGCUGGCGGUGGUCUGUAA